CUGUCACUGCUGUCAGCCGAGAAGAGUAGAGGAGAUUCUAUCAGAGGAAGGCGAGAAUUUGUUUUUAUUGUGAAAUGUUUUGAAUCUAAAAAACUAGUUGCAUUUCUUAAUUUAUACCAAAAUAAUGGCUGUUUUAUUAAAGUAUUUAGUGGCUGGCUUCGUUAGAUACUGGCUCAUUCACAUUGAUUAUUGGCAAACUAUAGCAAACAGAGUGGAAAUAGCGACGCCGUUAAAUUCAUGGAAGAGGUUAAUUGAAGGAAUUUACUUGUAUGAUCGUAAUAUAAAUCCAUACGAAGGAGAUGCUUUCCACGAAUCUCCCAUAAUGUUAUUACUAUUCCACUUUUUAAUGAAGAAAGUACCCUUUAUUUUGCCAGCGCUCUUCACUGUACUGGAUUUACUAACAGCUUAUUUUCUUUACCGGACUUCUAAAGCUUUCAUACGCCUCUUUAAAGAAUCACAAGAACAUAGUUUAAUUCAUGUGGCCAAUGAGUCAAAACCUUUGCUGUUAACUGACUCACAGUUAAAAGAAGCAUCAGAGUAUGUAUUAUCAGUGUAUUUGUUUAAUCCUUAUUCUGUGCUAAACUGUGCAGGAAUGACGACCACUGUUAUACAGAAUUUGCUCGUUGCAGCAUCAUUGUGCAGUGCUGCAAGUGGUUACAGAAUUAUGGCUUGUGCAUUCAUUGCACUUGCUACACACCAGGCAUUAUACCCAUUGUUACUAAUUGUACCAAUAUCUAUUUUAUUGGCAGAUGUUAAUAAGGGUUGCAAUAAAUGCUCCUAUAUCAGAACACUACUGGUGUUUGUAUUGUUCUGGGGUUUCUUGAUUUAUAUUUCAGCUCAAAUAAUGAAUGGUUCCUACAGCUAUGUCAACAAUACUUAUGGUUUCAUAUUAACAGUUCCAGACCUCAAGCCUAACAUUGGACUCUUCUGGUAUUUCUUCACUGAAAUGUUUGAGCAUUUUCGACUGCUAUUUGUCUGUGCGUUUCAAAUCAAUGCAUUGGCUUUGUAUGUUGUUCCACUCACAUUGAGAUUCAAGAAAGAGCCGAUUCUAUUAGCGACUGUUCUCAUUGCUCUCUCCACUAUAUUCCGCUCAUAUCCUUGCAUUGGAGAUGUUGGAUUCUAUUUGGCUCUAUUGCCCAUGUGGAAGCAUUUGUUCAUAUUUAUGCAGCAGAAGUUUAUUGUGGGUAGUGCUUUUAUCAUCAACUCUGCCCUUGGUCCUACUGUGUGGCACCUCUGGAUAUACUCGGGAUCAGCAAAUGCCAACUUCUUCUUUGGAGUUACUCUCUCCUUUGCCACAGCUCAGAUAUUCCUUAUCACUGAUUUGCUAUUUGCUUAUAUAAAAAGGGAGUUCACUAUGAAGAAUGGAUCUUCACGGCUAGUGGAUGGUAAACCUGCAAAAUUGGUUUUACGAUAAGCUUUGAUUAAUCAAUGUAAUUUUAAACAAACCUUAGAAAGGAGAUUUUGUACUUUAUGGUAACCUUUUUCUUUAUAAUAAUUUGUUGUAACUACGAUAAACGAAACUUAUUGGUAUAAGAAGAUUUACACAAACAAAUAAAGACUUAUCUAACUUGAGGAUCUCUUUCAGUCUCUCGAAGAGUCCUUUUCUUAUCUUAAUAGUUGAAAGUUUUAGGAAGAAAGGGUGUUUCCAGUUAAAACGGCAUCUUUAAUGUACAAUUUAUGUUUAUGUAUGAAUGAGGUGUAUUAUUCUGGAUUGUAGUAAAACUUAACAUUCCUAUCCCAAUUUUGAAUAUGCUCUUAUUGGUACGAUCACAAGCAAAGUUGUGUUGUCAGUUUAAAAUCAAAGGUAUAAUCUUAUGCAUUUUAAAAUAAGUAUACUUACUCAGUAAAACCUUUUUACUUUCAAGCUUUUUCAAGCCAUGUUAUCAGUAUGAGUAUGGAAUGGAGUUGUAUUUGUUUGCCAUAAUUUAGAUGUAAUUACCACAAAUUUUUAUGGUCGCAGCCCAAAAAUCUUGAACAAAUAUUUAUUUAUGUUUAGUUAUUAAUCACUUAGGUUUUCUACGAUUGGGAAUGCAAUUCCAUAAUUUUGUUGAUGCCAAAAUCUACUACUGUAGUGGAUUUAUUUCUUUAUAAUAUGUUAAUUAGUAUUAUCAUAAACUCUUAAGCUGUGAUUUAUAGAUAUCACAGGGACUUCUUUUCUAUACACGUGUCAAGUCCAGUGCGUAACACAAGGUACUUUUUGCCGCAAUAGGUAAUUUAAAAUUUAGAUAAGGUCGCAAUUUGUUUAUGAUAAUGUAUGGAUCUUCUACAUUGUACAAUAUUGUGCCCUUUAAUUUGAAAAGAAGUCCUCAUAUGCAUUUAUAAUCUUAAUAUAUUAUUAUAACCACCAUGUUUGGUUGUGUUAAAUUUAAUAAUUAAGUACCAAGACGAUUAUUUUUUUAAUUUAAUAGCAAGCUAUUUGUGUAUUGGACGAGUUAAUCUUGCAUACAUUUUAACUUUAUUUUGAAUCAGUUAUAGUGCAACUGCAUUUAUUAAAAUUUAUUUUAUAGUCCCGUGCCAAACUUUUAUGAAGUAACUCGUCCUAAGUGAGAGCUUUAUUUCAGUCGUGUUUCUUUUUCUAAAACAUUUAUUUGUUAAAAUUUUGUAACAUUUCUAUUGUAACAUGCCAAAGGUUGUUUCUUAUUACAUACACCUAGUAUUUGAAUUACCUUGCGAUAAAGCUCUUACUCUACAUUUUAGUGCCCCUUACUUUAAUUAGGUAAAAAAAUCAGAUGAAAUUUUAAUUGUACGUGUCCAUUUAAUACUAUUCACAAAUUUAUUUUGGGACAAACGUCAUCAGUAGGAAAAAUGAAACAAUUUGAACAACAAUAAAUUUAUUUUAAUAAA